AUGGAGGAUGGAACAAUCACACCGGCGAAGGAACUAAAGUUCGUCAUGUCUCUCAAGAUACCUAUCGAUCUACUCGAUAAGUUAGAGAGAGAGAAUGCAUCGAUAAAGAUCAUUUAUGGUGAAGAGCCCAAACUUGUAGUCGAUAGUGAAGAGUUCAACAUGACAUACUCAUCAGUCGAUUCACUCGAUUGCUUUCAUCAACUAAACAAUCGAUAUACAGAGGUUGGACCUGUUCGCAAGAAGUUGAACAUUACAACCACUCUGACCGACAGCGACCGACAGCGAUUCAAGUCGUCCAGUCAGCGAGCAGAGAGCGAGAAGCGCAAGCACAAGGUGAUGGUGAUGCCCUCGAACGACCCCAAGAAGGGCGGCAUGCACGGGGCUCCGACCAACGCACCCGCGCCCAAAGUCACCUCGGCGCCGAUCAUGCCCCACAAGAUACCCAAGCGUUACGCGGGCUCCAAGCCGCAGCAGACGCCAUCCACAUGGCUGUCCACCAUCACGUCUAGCACAGCGACUUCGAGCACACAGAGCCUGUCACCGAGCACGGUCGGCCUUCCCUCCACCACCUCGAGCACCACCAUCAGCAGCAGCAGACUCUCGCCCGAACCUUCAACAUCACCUGCCAGUAGUAGUACCACCACUGCCAACAUAUCACCUCAGAAGUCACUCUCACCGAAUAUCACAAACAAUCAAUCGUCAUCAUCUUCGUCAACAACCACCAAGCAAUCAUACAAUGCCUACUCAUCGACUACGACAACGGCAACAUCAUCAACAUCAACCAAUAUACCAACGAUAACUACCACACCCGCCACAUCAUCAUCAACGCCUGUCACUUCAAUGUUAGGAUCAGAGAAGUCAGACAGAUCACUCCCAUCAUCAUCAUCAAUAUACACCACUAGCAAGCAAGCUGCAACACCAGGAUCAAGGCUUCAGAUGUCCAAGUCUCCGCCACCAACCACAUCGUCGUCAAACAUACCCGCGCGACAAAGCCCGACGCUCUUCACUACCAAUCCAAGCAGCACUGCCCCACUGACCAAGCCGACAAGUCACAAGGUGCCAUCCCGACAUUCACUUCCAGCCAGCUACACAACCCCCAGCAUCAAUACAAACAACAACAACAACAAUAGCAACAUCAAGCCAAGUAACAAACCUCAGACAAGCCAACACCUAUCUACAAGGUCCAAAGGAUCGCCCAACCUAUCACCUCCCGUAUCACCUCACAGCAGCUUCACAAACAAUCAACCUCCAUCGUCGUCGGCGUUGGCAUCGUCAUCAUCGACCAAAUCAACAUCGACCAGCACAACACUACCAUGGCUAAAGAAUGAUGCAGCCAAAGCACCAUCAGCGAGCGAGGCACUCAGGUCACCAAUCGUGCCAACGAUAGCGCCAAUCAAGAGUGCGGCAACACUACAACAUCAACAACCCAAACACAGCAUGGAUGACGAUGAAUUGAUACCGGCGCUACCACCAGCACCAGCUCCAGCGCCAGUGCCAUCAAUACCAGCCAAACAAACAUCACCAGAGUUGGACCACAUCCCUCACUACUCAAAGAUGGAUCUGCCAACCAACUCAUCAGCGGCCUCAACUGGAAAUGGAAACAACAGCAGUAGUUCAUCAUCAUCAUCAUCUUCAACAUCAAAGAGCUCAGCUGCCAAGGCCAAGGGUGUCACUGCCUCAUCAUCGUCAACUUCAUCAUCACAUAACAACAACAAGAAACAACAGCAUCAAGACGAACAACAAGUCAUCAAUAGUAGACAUAAUAGUCAGACUGUUAAUGAACAGAAGCAACAGCAACAAUCGAUUCACAUCGAUGAGAAGCCAACAAAGAAAGCAAAGUAUACAUCGUCAUCAUCAUCAUCGUCAUCAUCGUCAUCUUCGGCAUCUGUGGCACCGGCACCAGCACCAUUAUCAAGCACCAAGGCACCACCUCCAUCAGCCCAACAACCUGCACAUGCCCCUGCACAUGCCCCUGCACCUCUGCCGGCUCCAUCUCAACCAGUGGCCAAUGGAAACAAUUACAACUUUAUCAACAACAUCAAUGGAAAUGGUAAACAAUUGUUUAUCAUCACAAACGACGAUGACUAUCGACUGCUGAAGGAAUCAUCACAGAAAAAGUACUUGCGAUAUCGACAGACCUACGAGUACAUCUUCAAGAACAUCGAGGAGUUCAAACGUCUCGAGACAUCGCUCAGCCAAUGCACCGAUCAAACACAACGUGACAAGCUACAGAAGAGCAUUCAUGCAUUGUUUGAAGAGCGUGGAGAGAAAUUCCAACGUGAGAAGCAAGAGUACGACAGGCUAUAUGAGGAGAUCGCAUGUAUUAAGAAGGUAUUGAAUGAUUAUAUACAGAGCAGACCAUCAGCAGCAGGAUCAUCAUCAUCUUUGUCAAGUAAGUCAUGA